UCCGGGUGCAUCACGUGACUGGUUCCGAAUCUGGGGCCGGGAUUCCUAUGCUUCUAUAAAGCGAUUGCUUGGCCUACGAAGGAGCUAUUACCUCAGCAUCCACCGACCUUUCUUCUCACCGGAGGUUUGCUUUUCAAGUGAUCAAAAUGAAGUGGAUUCUCGUCUUUUUAUUCCUGGCUGCUACAGUUGCAGGCUUACCAAAUCCCGAUUCAGAACCUGAGAGUCCGAACGCGGAUGCUGCUCAGUCGAGAGCGGCUCGUUUCGACGAGCGAAAGUUCAGCAGCGGCAGCAAGCAGGUGGCUGCAACUGCCAACGACCUGGACACCAACAACAAGAAGCAAGUUUCCCAGUUUCUGACGUCCAAGAAUGUCAUCCGCACGCUCGUCAAGUUGAUCUUCGGCAACGACGAAGAAAGCGCCGCAACAUCGAAACAGAUCCUGAAUCUCUUUGUCAGUGUGCUGGAUAUGCUGAAGAGCAGCUUGGGCCAGCGUGCCAGGUCAGCAACAUCUCGUGGCUCGCGGGCCGUUCUUGACGACGCAGCCAUCGCCAGCGCUUCGCUCCUCAAAGGCUAUAUCAGAGCUUUUAUGACCAAUAACAACAGUUGUGUCCAGAAGUAUCUUUGCGAGGCGAGCAAAGAAGCUGUCAGCGACGGCAGAGAAGUUGGAUACCUUAUUGCACAAAUUGGAGGAUAUGCUGCAAGCUAUGCUUUAGAAAAUCAGAAAAACGCCGCCUUCCAAGAGAAUUAUGCUGCUUCUCGCAAGGGUCGCAGCGGAGAAGAUUGCAAGUCGCUCUAUCAAGUGUGUAACGAAGUCGACUGAAGGAGUCCACCAUUUAAUUGGAUAGAACUGCGUUAGCUGGACUAACGACCACUCACUCAUUUGCACUCUUAAUUCAUUGUCAAUUACCUUCAUGCAAGAUGACGAACCGUUUCUUGUAAUUAUUUAUUAAAAUAUACACUUUUACAUGUACCUUCUCUUUGCGGAGGA